UCCCGCCAUUAAAACCAUUCAUUUCUCUCUCCUUUUAUUAUUUAUCAUCAUCAUCAUCUCUUUCUUUUCUUUCUCUCUCUCUCUCUCACCCAACCUCUUCUAUAAAUAGAUCGAAUAAUACAGAGAGAUAUGUGUUUUUGCUAGGGUUCUCUUCAAAUAAAUCAAAAAGAAAGAGAGAAAUCAACAUCAAGCAGUUGACAUAAGCAAGUAGCUAGCUAGCACAGAGGCAGAGGGCUCAACUCAUAAAUAUCCAUCAUCCAAGGCUUUUCAUUCAUUCAUCAUCAUCAUCAUCUCAGACACUCAAGAGAGAGAGAAUUUCAAAACAUGGUGAGAGAGAGAGACAUCAUGGGCACAUACUCAUCAUCAAGAGCCUGUGGUGGGGGAGACAUGAAUGAGAAACCUGCAUGGCUAGAGAGGUUGAUGGCUGAGACAUUCUUUGGUGCCUGUGGGGUCCACCAGGAUCGCAGGAAGAACGAGAAGAACGUCUUUUGCUUGCACUGUUGCCUUAGCAUCUGCCCCCACUGCCUCUCUUCCCACCGUUCUCACCCUCUACUCCAGGUGCGAAGGUAUGUUUAUCACGACGUGAUUCGAUUAGAUGAUCUGGAAAAACUCAUUGAUUGUUCCAAUAUUCAGCCCUAUACUAUAAACAGUGCCAAAGUAAUAUUCUUAAAUCAGAGGCCACAAUCAAGGACAUGCAAAGGUCCUGCCAAUGCUUGCUUCACUUGUGACAGGAUUCUUCAGGAGCCAUUUCAUUUCUGUUCUCUAUCAUGCAAGGUUGAUUACAUGGUGUACGCGGGUCAAAGCUUGUCAAACAUUUUACAUCGAUUCGAUGAAUCUGAUUUUGCAAUAUCGCAGUUCGAGGGUUUAAGAGUGGAUGGUUCAGAGGUAACUGAUGAAGAUACCCAGAUUGCCCCUAGCUCCUCUUACUCCAACACUGAGGCCACCAGCAAUUCCGUAAUUUCAUGUGAACCUAAUAACAACGUGAAGAAGGGCAAGGGCAACACCUUCCUUCCAGGGAUCGUCCUUUCUCUUGGCAGUAGAAGAAAGGGUGCCCCUCACAGGGCCCCCCUCUCCUGAAUCACCACCACCUUCUAUAUUAUUAUCAUCAUCAUUAUAAUAAUAAAAAUCCUCAAAUUUUAGUUAAUAAUAUAUUAUUAUUAUUACUAUUAAUUAGUAUAAAGCUAUGGCCACAAUAAAUAUCCGGGUUUUAAUUAUUAUUUGUCAUAUAUGUAUGGUAAAAAAAAAACUAUAUGUAUUAAUAUGUGCUUUCUUUAGUAGAUUUUAAGGGCGUGGUCAGUUUUAAGGGCUGUUUUAUGAAUGAAUGAAGGUAUGGUAUGUGCAUGAUGCAUGAUGCAGGGUUAGGAUUCUCCAUUGUCAUCUUUGGCGGUUGUUGAAACCACCGAUUUUGUAUUGGAUGCCAUGGAAAUUUGGCUCAUGCAGUGUUUAUCAGAUGUGUUGUAUAAAUGGAAAACACCUUAUCUUA